AUGGACAUUCUUGACAGUCAUCUUGAUCCACAAGACGUCAGUGGCAAUCCAAAGGAUGAAAAUGAAACGACAUAUGAUCCUCUAUCAGGGGACGGAGUACCCGAUGAUGGAUUACGCUAUCAAGAAGCACUAGCUUAUCGGGUUGUACAAGUUAAUGGUAAUUCGGUUAGCAACGAAAUUGAAUUACCAGUACAGCAGCAUGGGAAUAAUUCUGUUCAAGUGUUGACGUCUCCUAUUAAUGGACAAUUUUAUAUUGUCGGUGGUACUAAUGAGGUAUUUACAACUUCACAAACUUCUCGGUCACUUGCUCCACGCACAACGACAUUACAAAUUGAAACACCGAGAAAUAAUACACCUGGUAAAAUUAUACCUGACUGUAGCAAUAAUUCGGGUACGAGUAAUGGCAAUGGAAGUAGCACGAAUCAAGGCCUAGGACAAUGUUUACGUGACAAUGAAAAAUUGCGGCAAGAAGUUACGGCACUAAAACAGCAUGUACAAAGAUUGCAACGUGAAAAUGAUCAAUUACGCAAAGUUAAUGUUGUAGUAUCUAACAUUAAUUAG